GUCAUACGUUCUCGUACUGAUUAGACAGCGCGCUAGCAGUGAUAACAAUCAAUUUUAAGAAAACUGUAUUAAAACUGCAGAACCACAUCGCGAUACUGAAGUAUUUAUAAUUUUCAAAAGACAUAAAAAACUGUAGACAAGAUGUUUUCUACGAAGAAAAGUUUGGAAAGGAUUUUGCAAAUCUACAAAAAGGAGAUCAGCCGGCAAAUUAGCAAGACGACUAGUGUUACGAACUCCGAUGCGAUGGCUCCCAGACUGGACCUCACGGUGAGCAAGCCGCAGCCCCACGAAGACAUCGGCAUUCCGAAGAAGUUGCUGAAGUUGCAGAAAUAUCACAGAUUCCUGUCGACCCUGACUUCUCAGGAAAUGCCCAUGGCGACCCGUGGACUGGCCGUGACCAAGGACCAGUCUCGGGAGUUCAUGGCCUGUUUCCCGGAUAUCAUCCGGGAUCUCACUGAGGCUGGCAAGCAUAACGACGUGCCAGAAGCCGGCAAGUGGCUGGCUAAGCUCUUGCAAUACAAUGUGCCAAACGGGAAAAAGAAUCGAGGUCUAGCCACCGUGCUUGCGUACAAAAUGCUGGAAAGAGACGAAAAUCUCACACCUGAGAACGUACACUUGGCAAACAUAAUGGGCUGGUGCACAGAAAUGUUCCACACCCACCAGCUCCUCCAGAAUGACAUCAUCGAAGGCACACAGAUGCGCCGCGGCGCUCCCUGCUGGUACAGGCGCGCGGACGUCGGCCUCGGAGGGAUCAACGACGCGUCUCUAGUCCAAUCCGCCAUGUACUCCACACUUAAGCGACACUUCGGAAACAAACCUUAUUACAAGAACGUCCUGGAGACUUUCAAUGAGAUGCUGCUCAAAUGUUCUGUUGGCCAAUACCUAGAUAAAUCUCUAAUGAAGACCGACAAGCCUGACAUCACCCAAUUCACCAUGGACAAAUACGAAGCCAUCUCCAAGUACAAAACCGCCUACUACACCUUUCAAAUGCCUGUCACUUUGGCUUUGCUUAUGUCGGGGGUAGACGACCCAGAGACGCACAGACAAGCGAAAAAUAUUCUAUUGGCAAUGGGAGAAUUCUUCCAAAUUCAGGAUGACUUCCUAGACUGCUUUGGAGAUCCAUCUGUAAUGGGAAAGACUGGCACGGACAUUCAAGACGGAAAAUGUACGUGGCUGGCAGUCGUCGCCCUGCAAAGGGCGUCUCCCGCUCAGAAACAGAUCAUGGAAGACCACUACGGCAGCUCCAAGCCUGAAGAUGUUGCCAUUAUCAAGGAUCUCUAUGAGGAACUGCAGCUUCCGCACACAUACUCGGUAUAUGAAGAAGCUACUUAUGAUCUCCUUAGAACACAAAUUCAACAAGUCACAAGAGGCUUGCCCCACGACUUCAUAUCUGAUCGACAUAUACAAAUGGCAGCUAAUUUAUCCAUCUACCAGUCUAAGAAAGAACGAGAAAUAUUCCAAGAUGUUUUACCAUGCAUUGUGGACUCUUUGUUAACCUCACCACACUUUGCUGAAGUGCCUGAUGCAGCUAAUUGGCUUAGAAGAGUUAUAGAUUACAACCUGGCCGGUGGUAAAAAAACCCGCGGCCUCACAACAGUAUUAGCAUAUGAAAUGUUGGAGGAUCCAGAAAAAAUUACUGAAGACUCCUUGAGAGAUGCACGCGUCAUGGGAUGGUGCGUCGAAUUGUUGCAAGCAUAUUUACUAGUCAACGACGACAUAAUAGACGGCUCAUCGACCCGCCGCGGCGUUCCCUGCUGGUACCGGAUACCCGAAGUUGGGAUGGGAGCGAUCAACGACGCCAUCUUAAUUUACGUGUCCAUCAUGAACACACUGAAGACAUUCUUCUGCGAUAAACCCAACUACUCACAGAUUAUGGAGCUGUUCAAUGAAAUUUUAUUAUACACAUCGAUAGGACAACAUUUGGAUUACACAAUGGCCCACCGCAACAAAAACGAUUAUAGUCUAUUCACGAUAGAUAGAUACUAUGCUAUCGUCAAAUAUAAGACUGCAUAUUACACAUACAAACUGCCGUGCUUUCUCGCUUUGUAUAUGGCGAACAAGACUGACAAGAAGGCCCAACAGGCAGCUGAAAGAAUAUUAUUAGAAAUGGGGAAAUUAUUUCAAGUUCAGGAUGACUUUAUAGACUGUUUCUCCGACGAAAGUAUAAGCGGGAAAGCAGGCACUGAUAUUCAAGAAGGCAAAUGCUCCUGGUUAGCAGUUACAGCGCUGCAGCACUGCAAUCCAGACCAACGAGCGUUAUUCGAAGAAUUCUACGGCAGCAAAGAUCCACAGCAUGUGCAUCGCAUAAAGCAGCUUUAUGAGGAACUACAACUGCCUCAACUGUACAAAGAAUUUGAACAGUCCACAUACGAACGGAUCGUUCAUGAAGCUGAGUUACUACCAGAAGCAUUUGGCGCCAAUUUCCCUAACCUAAUAUCGAAACUACUCGAUAUGAUAUAUAAGAGAAAACAGUAACAUAAACGUUGUGAAAGGGUAUUGUAAUACAUUAAUGUAAAUUGGUUCCGUAUCUCAGAUUCAGAUUUUACUGCAAGUCAUAUAGGUUGGGUAUCAAAAUGUAUCCUUUCGUUAUCCGUCUGUCAAUCAAUAUCCUU